AUGUGUGCCACACCGGCAUCCAUCAAGUUUCAUACUUGGCUGACGAAGGAUCUCGGCUAUGCUCCGCAUGACGAAAGGCUACGGCCGCAUCCCAAGAACUUUGAUUGCCUUUCAGCAUCAAAUGAGAGCUUUCAGGAAGAGCUGAUGCGUCACACUGUUAGCCCGGGCGAGUAUACACGCAUUCGAAAGAUUUUCCGCAUCAUGGAGCUCCAAAAGCAAAAGAUUGCUGCCACGAACGCGUCUACUCAAAUGUCAGUCGGAGAGCAGCCAUCCAAACUCCUUGAGCUAGUGCAGUCUGUACUUGUGGACACAGAUACAUAUGCAAAGAGCGAAGAAAGCACACGAAACCAACUAACUAAAAUUGUCCAUCUAACAAGGGUCAAUGAGGCUUUAGAUGGAAUUGUGCAAUCCUUGAACGCUUUUCGAGGCGCAUGUGGGUCGGCUCUGGUUGAUUCUACCAAUUUAUCUGAGACAGCAACUUCUGAGCGUGACCUUUUGUCUGCACAGGAGCAGGCUACACGACAGUUCACCAUGAGCACCAAGCAUCGGCUUGCCACCCUCCUCCGUCAACUCAAGAGUGAGAUAGAGUCAGCGAUUCACCAACUUAAGGUAUUUCUUCGAGACGAUGAAGAGGUCUUUGAAGAGUCUAAUGAGACCUACCCAGAUACUCAUCCGCGCUUAGGAUUCGUGUACAAGGCAACGCUCCGUAACAUUAAGGAGGGAGAAGCAAUACUAGCUGAGCUAGAUCUGCUGCGCAUGCGUGAAAACGACCUUUUGCUAACCUAUUGUAAUGAGUCUUUUGAACUGGCCCCAGAAAACAUCACAUCUCAGGUUAUUAAGCAUUUGAUGACAAAGACACCACAGCUAGGCGCAGUUCUCCUGAAGGCAGAGGUUUUCGGGUUACAACGGUGCAGUUCGUUUUUGCAGGACCACAGCAGAGAGCUUGAGAAUUGCGGUCGUCGAACAAAGCGCCUUGUUGACGAGCUAGUAUCAGCUAUGAACAAAACAAACACACUUAGACAGAAAACAGAAAACCAAUUGCAACAGAUAGAAUACCUUACUGAUACUAUUCAGCGAACCAACAAGAAAAUAGAGGCUACUGUAACGAGUUCUGGUAGAGAAGAGCACAGGCAAUUACUCACUGAAAAGCUGGAUGGGAUAUGGAAAGUUUUCAGUGAUAUUCAUGCUUCCCUAGACACCUAUUCAUCCUUGUCUGCGAUUACAUCUUUCAGAGACAUGUAUGCGCACUCUUUGGCAAUCAGAGAGCUUGAGCAGGGGUCUUCUAGUAGUGCAGUGCUGAUGCGCCUUAAGGAAAUAAUAAGAACAGGUGCAACAAUCCCCUUGAGUCAGGACUCUGUCUCAGAGAGAAUGGUGACAGAGGAGCACCGACACCGAAAAGUGAUUUCUCAUGUGGCCCACAGUGAUGAUAUCUUACCAGGACUGUACUCACAUCAAUUGAGGGAUUCUGUUGACUGCAUCCAAUCCGUGUAUGAAUUAUUUAAGCUUCUAAAUCACUCCAAAAGACACUUUUUCACAUCCAUGUUCACUAAAACCUGUCUCUCAAGGAAUUGGGAGGUCCAGAAUCAAGUUUUUGAUGCUUUGGACUCGUUUUUGGCACGUAUUGACGGCUAUCAAGAGAGCCUCAAAUCGAUAUUCUCAAAAAGGAUCAUCAAUGACCACAUGACAGACGCAUACCUGACACCUUCUGGAGUCACAAAGCUCGGCGGUACCGCUAACCCACAUCUCAAGCUCGAUAGAGGUACAGGGAUUGUGCAGGGCAUCAAGGUGGCCCAGCUGGAUGGGUGGGUUGUAGAUACGCAUACUCUGCUGAAGCAACGGGAAGUGAUGGCACCCAAUGUAUUUUCCUCGUUGAUAUCUAAUAAGCUUUCCGCGCUUUACAAAAGCAUGGCCCCUUAUCUCUUGCAAGGCGAGUCGUUUAACUCGGCCAUAGACGUAUCUGUUGACACUCUAAUCGAAACUAAUGACUCUCAGCUCACGGUGUUGCAAACUGAUCUUGCUCUCUAUGAUAGCACGCUAAGAGAGCUUGAGCAUGUUAUCUCAGUUAUAAGGAACUUCUACUCCACCCCUAUCUAG